GCUUUGACAAGGAGAGCAUGAAAGCAAGGGUGCGAGAAAAGCCCUCAUUCCAUAGCAUUGAAUAAAAUAAAAUGUCUUUGUCCACAUAGCUUCACCAGCUGCUGUUAUUCAGCAUUUUAAUUAGACGAUUCUAUCUGCUCAGCCUGGGUUUGAGAUUUUAAACCCAAAACUACAGCGCCAGUUCAAAGACGAUCAAGGAAAGACUGCAGAUAACGCAAUGCCUUGGAUGUUUUUGGACUGGUUCGUCCCCGUCUAUCUGCUGGUCUCGGUCCUGGUCCUGGCUGGUUUCGGAGCAUGUCUGUAUUUUCUGGAGCCGGGUCUUCAGGAUGCCCACAAGUGGAGCAACAAGUCACUGAGGCACCAGCCGCUGGCUCCCAUAAGGCAAACACACUGCAGAGAUGACGACAGCAACGCCUUGUUAUGAUGGGACAUGUGUGGACGUUUGUGUCAAAUCAUAUAUUGAUGCUACUUUAUCAAAAUCCAUGGUCUUUAACAGGGUCUCUCUGCAAUUGGACUACAAGCCAAAACAGCGUAAUACACUGUAGAACUCAAUUCAUUUAUAUUUACAAAGAUUAUUAUUUGCGUUACAUUUUGUAAUCUCAACAAAAUUGGAUGCAUUCCCUGUAAUACUUCAAGACUAACCGUGAAAACUGCCUCUACUGUAGUGGUUCUCAACUAGGGCCCCAGAAUCCACUAGGGGACUUAAAAUGACUUAAAUUAAUAUAUAGGUCAUUUGUGUCUAAAGCUUGAGAACUGGGAUCAUAGUAUCAUAUGAAACCGUUGUCCAUUGAUGCUUCCCACACAAGUCAGCGUCAAAGUAAAUUUUGGUGACAUUUGGCCAAACUGGAGGAACAACCUUGCCUUCUAUGUGAAGGGGUUAUUGUGUGAAAACACAUUACAUACAGCGAGCAAACAAGAGGGAAUGUUUCCAGGUCAUGACGGUCAUGUUCAUUUUAGAACAUGCCUGAAAAAUCUGGAAAACCCAUGUCCCAAGAUACAUACAGUAUACUGUGAAUUAAAAAGUAAAGUAGGGAACUCAAACUACUCAGCAUGCUAUUUGUCAUUAUUCAUCAAAUAGAAAUGGUAGAAAGGGCCACAUUUCAAAAGUAUGUUCAAGACCUUUUAUGAAUACCGACUAGAUUUUAGUUGUAUCAUCUGCUGUAGAUGUUUUAACUUUCGCAAUGUCCUUAAGAUACUAAAAAAAUACACUGUUCAAAUUAGUUUUGGCUUAACUCAAAGUAGUUUUAGUAGUUAUUUUUAUGUGCCAGUAGAUUGUCACUUUGGUCUGAUUCACCAAUUUCAUCAACAAAAAAUGCAAUUGUCCCUUUAAAUUUUGAUUAAGCUGUUGGUUAUAAACAUACUUUGGAUAAUCAUAUAUAAUAAUGGCAUUUGUAAUAAAGUGGCUAAUUGUAUAAUCAGUUGUAGCAUGUUUUUCCCCCUCUUGGAAAUAUUACUAUCAUAUUAAACACAAACUGGUCAAGGAAUACUUCUCU